GUUAGCUCGCGGCCCUCGCGGCCCCAUAGCGCGUCGUAAAUUCAUUUCUAUGGUCGUAAAGGACAGGCUAUAAGAUGUCACUGCUGGUUCGCGCCACCCCAAGGGCGCACGUCCUAUUUGUGCCUUUGAAGCGUUCAUCACGGGAAUCAUUCGCUGCCACACCGAGACGGUACAUCUCUGCAGAUUCCGAUGCAAAGGUGAUAAAUAUCGGUGGAAUCCGGAAAACCCUGCAGACUCCGCUGCAUCCUGAGCUAGUUCCACGCCUCAUCGAGCUGACCAGUCACCAGUCUGUACUGCGCACGCUGAAAUGGAUGCUGCAGAAGGAUCUGCUGGGACAGGACAUGUUUCUGAUUGGGCCGCCCGGCCACUUCCGACGCACCGUCUGCAUGAAGUAUCUCUCGCUGACCCAGCGCGAGGUGGAAUACGUGGCGCUCUCCCGCGACACCACCGAGUCUGACCUGAAGCAACGCCGGGAGAUUCGCGGCGGCUCCGCGCACUACGUCGACCAGGCGGCAGUGCGCGCGGCCACACUGGGCCGUGUCCUGGUGCUGGAGGGCAUCGAGAAGGCCGAGCGGAACGUCCUUCCCGUGCUGAACAAUCUGAUGGAGAACCGUGAGAUGCAGCUCGAGGACGGCAGAUUCCUGCUGAAUCCCACCAAAUACGACAGUCUAUUGCUGGACCACUCGACAGAGGAGCUGGCUGAGCUGCGGCUGGUGCGUGUUUCCGAGCAUUUCCGCGUGGUGGCGCUGGGUCUGCCGGUGCCCCGCUACAUCGGCAACCCGCUGGACCCGCCGCUCAGGUCCCGCUUCCAGGCCUACGACCUGCGGCCGUCGGCUGUGCCGUUCAAGGAGACGCUGAUGGCUCUGGAGGAGCUGGCCCCGGCCGUCACACCGAAGGCCCUGUGCGACCUCCUGUCGUUCGCAAUGACCGUCAACUCGCCGGAGACGUCGGAGCUGAACCUGCCGGACUUCCCCAUCGAUAACCUCAACAGGGCCGUUCGCGUUCUGGGCGGCGUCCCGUCGCUGCCGCCGCAGGAGGCCGUCGCCCGGCUCUAUCCCCACCAGCUGGUGGUGCCGAACGACGCCAGGAAGCCGGUGGCCGACGCGCUCUCCACGUUCGACCUGGACGCGCCGGCGGAGACGGAGCUGCGCGUCACGGAGGUUGAGUCCGGCGAUCAGCCGCACACCGCGCACGUCUGGCUCACCGCCGCCGGCCAGGAGCAUAAGAUACAGGUACCGGCCGGUGACCAGCUGGGCUCCGAGUCUAUUACCUCGGACCGUCCCUGUGUACUCACACCGUACCACAGCAGACUACUGGCCCAGCUGGUGGCCUCCCACGCCGUACACGACAUCUGCCUGGUGGGGCCCAGGGGCUGCGGAAAGUCGGCCAUAGUUAGACACCUGGCGGAUAUGCUAGGGUACAGGACGGAACCCGUGGUACUGUAUCAGGAUAUGACGUCUCGGGACCUGCUGCAGCAGCGCAGUACCCACGCCAACGGCGACACCGUGUGGCUGACGGCACCGCUGGUGAAGGCGGCGCUACAGGGCCGGCUGGCCGUACUGGACGGACUGCACCGCGUCCACGGCGGUACUCUGAAUGUGCUGCACAGACUGGUGCAUGACCGGGAGCUGCAGCUGUACGACGGUACCCGUCUGUUACGUCAUGAUCGGUACGAUGACGUCAUGUCCGAGCUGGGACUGGCCCCGGACCAGAUGACCGAGCGGGGAGUGCUGAGGAUCCACCCGGCGUUCCGGCUGGUGGCGCUGGCUGAGCCGCCCGUGCUAGGCAGCGGCAAGGGCCAGUGGCUGACUCCUGAAGUGAUGAGCAUGUUCAUGUUUCACUCUAUGAGACCGAUGACGCUCAAAGAAGAGUCGGACGUCCUCCAAGAAAUCUGUGGUGAGCUCGGUGAGCCGAUCCGGGAGGUGGUGCGCUUCAGUCACGCGCUGCGCUCUGCCGAGGACCACACGCUCCAGUCGCUGGCGCCGUCCCUCUCCACCCGGCAGCUGAUCCGCGUCGGACGCAGGAUGAAGGCCUUCCCCCACGAGAGCCCCCACGCGGCCAUCUACAAGGCCUGUCUGGCCAGAUUCCUGCCUCCCCUGGCUCGCCAGGCGCUGGACGGCGCGCUGCAGCGGAUGAAGAUCGCGCCGCCACCGGCCGCGGCCGAGCAGAGCCGGGUGUGUGAGGUGCGGGACGGCAUCCUUACCAUCGGUGGCACCUCUGCGCCCGUGUUCCGGCCCAAGGACAGAGCCAAAGUGCCCGAGACGCUCUUCUUCGACAUCGAUCAGCAUACUGCGGUGCUUGAGGCAAUAUUGGAGGACUUUACUCUGGGAGAGAACCUACUGCUGGUCGGAAAUCAGGGCGUGGGAAAGAACAAGCUGAUCGACCGUUUCCUCUACCUGAUGAGCCGGCCGCGGGAGUACAUUCAGCUACACAGGGACACCACGGUACAGACGCUGACGGUCCAGCCGACCGUACAGGAUGGUCGUAUCGUGUUCGAGGACAGCGCCCUGGUGCGAGCCGUCCGCUCCGGGCACGUGCUGGUCAUUGAUGAGGCCGACAAGGCGCCCACCCACGUCACCUGUAUACUGAAGACUCUGAGUGAGGACGGAGAGAUGACCCUGUCGGACGGACGGCGGAUCCAGCGGGCGGCGGCCGGCCGCGGCGCCGCUGCCGCCUCCGAUGACGUCAUCACCAUGCACCCCGACUUCCAGAUGGUGGUGCUGGCCAACCGGCCCGGCUUCCCCUUCCUGGGAAACGACUUCUUCGCGGCGCUAGGUGACCUGUUCAGCUGCCACGCCAUAGACAACCCCAGCGAGCACUCGGAGCGUAUGCUGCUCAAACAGUACGGACCGGACGUGCCAGACGAGCUACUGGACAAGGUGGUGUCGUCGUUUGCCGAGCUGCGCCAGCUCUCCGACGAGGGUCUGAUCUCGUACCCCUACUCGACGCGGGAGGCGGUCAACAUCGUCAAACAUCUGCAGAAAUACCCGGAGGACGGCCUGGCCACGGUGGUGCGCAACGUGUUCGACUUUGACUCGUACAGCGCAGAGACGCAGGACUCGCUGGCCCAGGUGCUGCACAAGCACGGCAUCCCCAUCGGCGCCUCGGCCAGGAACCUGCAGCUCGCCAAAGAGUACCCUCUGCCGUCGGUGGAGCGCUCGGGCGGCUGGCGGCAGGCGGCGGACGGCGCCGUCAGCCGGCUGCUCCGACUCCCUGCCGAGACCCGGCCACUGGAGUUCCGCGGUCCCUACCGCUACCAGGGCCGAGAUAUGGCCAUCGAGAGGACCGAGGCUCGCGGCACCGCCUUCGGCGAGCUGCGCUGUCACUGGGCGCUGCCCCUGGACGAGACGGAGAUCAUAUCGGACGUCACGGUCGUCAGAGGUGACAGUCCGUCCGACGACCAGCUACUGGUGGGCGCCGUGAACCCGGCUGGCCUGUACUCUGUGCCGCUGCAGCGCGGCUCGACCACGCGCUACUGGCCGCUCUACCACCAGCUGCCAGCCGACGGCUACCGCAGCCGGCUGCAGCUGGCACCGCUCGGUGGACCGCUCGCCUGCAGGCUGGUCGCACACGAGGAGCAUCUGAAUGGUUUGGUAAUGCUGGACACCAGCACGGGGGACAUGUGGCGCCUCUCCUCGUCAAACCUCUUCCAGACGGCCACGGAGAAGAUCCGACGCUCGUUCAAUACGCAGCACGAACAUUUCUGGAGGAUGAACUCAGAGCGGGCGCAUGAAAACGUCGUGGUGCUGUUUGAGCCGGGCGGUAGCCGCCUGCAGGCCCUGGACCUGACAGAGGGUACGACGUCGGCCUUCACCCUGCCGCUGAAGGUGGCCACCGUGUCUCUGUCGGCGCCGCGCCACUGGCUGGUUCAGGAGCACGGCGGAGACGGCAGGCGUUUCGUGCUGCGUCCGUCGGAGGACCUCUCGGAGAUGGUCCUCUCGCCUGUGACCGAGGGUGGCGGCGAGCGACUGGGCUCCGUGCGCCGCUGCUCCGUCGAGGACACGCCCAGCACCGUGCUCUCCGCCGCGCUGGGCGAGACGCUGAGCGCUCCGUCCCGCCUGCUGACCGCUGGCCACGCGCACGCCGCUGUGCUGGUCGGCUUUCCCGAGCUGGAGGCCAGCGAACACGAGCUGUACCGCUGGCCGAGACAGGAGGCCGAGCAGCCGCCGGUGAUCGGAGGACGAGAGGCGCCGCCGCCGAGCGACCACCGCCACACGACUGUGGUGCAGCCGGAGACGGGACAGGUGGUGCGGGCGGUGACCCGAGCUGACCUUCCGAUCGAGGUCAGGAGCGACCUGCCCAAGUCGCCGUCGGUCAGUGCCUACCUGGAGGUCACUGACCUACCCUCAGGCACCGUGAAAUACCUGCCGGUUCAGAGCCCGUCGUCCCACACGCAUUACUACUCGUGGGCGUCCAAUAUCAACAGCACGCCGCUGUUCGUGGCCGGCCACGGCGCCGGCGGCGUGGUGACGGUCGACACACGCGGCGUGGUGCGGCUCUGGGAGACGGCCACCGAGCAGCUGACCCGCUCGGCCGCUCACUGGGCCCGGCUGGUCGGAGACGACUCGCGGCCCGUGCAGGUCACCUACGAGCGCGAGAGUGGCAAGGACGUGGAGGCACCCAAACACGGCAAAGUGGACGCCACGAACGCGCCACACGUGGGCGGCAACACGUGGGCCGGCGGCACGGGCGGCCGCGACACGGCUGGUCUCGGCGGCAAGGGCGGCCCGUACCGACUUGACGCCGGUCAUGACGUCACACAGGUCCCCGACUGGGAGAAGGAGGCGGUGCCGGAGCACGUGCAGAAGGCGGCCAGAGAGAUGAACCGGGCCGCCUACCAGGAGCGGCUGCGCCAGAUCCGGAUGUCCGAGCACGACGCCGCCAUGUACGAUCAGAUGAGCGGCAACGUUCGCAAACAGGUUCAGUCCCUGCGAGUGCUGCUCUCCAGUCUCCAGGCCAAGGGCAAGGAGCGCCAGUGGCUCAAACACCAGACUUCAGGAGAGCUGGACGACGCUAAACUGAUCGAAGGUAUUACCGGCGAGCGCACCAUCUACAAGCGGCGCGGCGAGCAGGAGCCCGAGCUCGGCACGCCGCAGGAGAAGCCCAAGCGACUGAAGCUGGUGACAGACGUCUCGGGCAGCAUGUACAGGUUUAACGGCUACGACGGCCGCCUGGACCGGAUGCUGGAGGCCGCCCUGCUGGUCAUGGAGGCGUUCGAGGGAUACGAGCAAAAGUUCAGAUACGACAUCGUGGGCCACUCGGGUGAGGACUACCGCGUGGAGUUUGUCCGCAGCGACCGGCCGCCCACAGACAACAAACAGCGCCUGCAGGUGCUCAAGACGAUGCACGCGCACUCGCAGUUCUGCCUGUCUGGCGACCGCACCGUGGAGGCCACGAGGCACGCCAUCAGCUCGAUAGCCGCCGAGGAGAGUGACGAAGCGUUCGUCAUCGUCCUCUCAGAUGCCAACCUGGAGCGGUACGGAAUCCGUCCCGAGGAAUUCCGACGCGUGCUCACCAGUAAUCCGGACGUCAACACCUCAGCCAUCUUCCUCGGAUCGCUGGGCGACCAGGCCGACAGGCUGAGCGAGCAGCUACCGUCCGGCCGGUCGUUCGUCUGUCUGGACCUCAAGAAGAUCCCGCAGAUCCUGCAGCAGAUAUUCCGCUCGGGGAUGCUCAGCUAGGUGGGCUGUUCGGCCGUGUCGGAGACGCUCGCCCGGUCGCCACACCGGCUGGUGAUAAUGGGUGAUGCGACGGUACGACAGCGCGGGAUGCACGACCCAUAGGACACAGGCGGCGGCCGAGUGGCGGACAGUUAUCGUAACGGUGGCAGCCGCCCCUGGUCGUCUGUUCUGAGCAGCGUCCCGUGCAGACAGUGUGAGGCUGGGUGAUACGAGGGUGGAGCGGUAGAGGUCGGCACUCAGGGACGGGGGAUGCUCAAGAGGACUAAUCGCUUGUAAGGUGGACCGGACCCAACUAUUGUGUGGCCAGUGUUACGGUUGUCUUCAUUUUUUUACCAUCUUAUUGAAGUGAACUGCGAUUGCCGAGUUCUUACGUACACUAUAAACGCCGACUGGUCAUCGCACCUUGUUGGACGUUUUACCGAGCAGCGUCGUGUCGCGCCGAUUGCCAAAUACGCGGCAACCGAUGUGUGGUGUCAAUUUUAGUUGGAUGCGCUGUUUUCCAUGUGUGGAGGAGCAGUGUGGUGUCCGAGGAGUAUGGAGAAUGUAUUCAUUAUUCUCUGUUGACUGUUGUGUGUUUGAAAAUUUAUAUCGAGCGGGUACGUAUCAAUGCAAUAUACCUACAACUCAACAACUGA